CACUUUGGAUAGAAGCGUCUAACAUGUCAUGUAAUGUGUGUUCCAGAGCUGAAGGAGGCAGCAGAGAGGGCCCAGGCUCAGUACCGCUCAGAGAAGCAAAGACGCAAAGAGAUGGAGCUGAGAGUCAACAACAUGGAGGAGGAAGUGCAGGACCUGAAGACUGAUAAAGACAGCCUGGAACGAACACUCUCUGAAAGGAGGCAGAAGUGGCAGGCUGAGCGUCAGCGUCGGGACGAGGAGGUUGAGGAGCUCCGGAAAAGCAGCCAGCUGGAGCAGGACAAUCUGAGAGCUCUGCUGCGCAAGGCCAGGAGCAGCACCGACACCGCUGCAGCAGAGCAGCUAUGUCAGCAGCAGGCGGAGCUGGAGGAGCAGUGGAGGGGGAGGUGUGAGCAGAUGAUGGCCGGUGGCAGAGAGCAGCACAGCAGAGAGCUGGCUGAGGUCUACGAGCAGAGAGACGCUCUGCAGGACAGGCUCACCCAGCUGCAGGACAAGUUCACGGCUGUGAAGCAGUCAAGAAAUGUUGAAGAACAGACUUUGCUCCAACACCGCGGGCAGACUGAGGAGCUGCAGGCCCUGCAGGAGAGAUACACAACCUUGGAGCAGCAAGCAGUGUGUGUGAGGGAGGCUCUGGAAAGAAGAGUAGCUGAACUGGAGCAGCAAGGCUCUGAGCAGCAGGCUUCUGGGGACUCUUCAGCAGAGGUGAAGCGCGUGAUGAACGGAGUGUUUCACUCUCUGAGAGGACAGUUUGACCUCAGUGAGUCUUACAGUGGCCAGGCUGUGCUGGGGGUGAUCGUCACUACUAUCAAGAAUGUGACCCUGCAGCUGCUCACUGGCACAGACAGAUCUUCACUGGGACAGAAAAAGAAGGAAGCGGAAGAGGAGGAAGAGGAAAGUGAUGAUGUGAAACAGAGACAGGAGACAGUGCAGAAUAUACAUGUGAAUGGCGACAGAGAAGUCCAAGAGAAAGAAUUUGAAGCCGAAUCAGAUUCUCAGCAAGUGAGUGAGAGCCAGACGGAUGAGGACGUGGCAGCAGAGACGGAGACACUUCCUGAGUCAGAGACAGUAAGCCCAGCCACUGAUCUCAGCCCCCUUUCUACCACUGAACCCAAACUGCAUGAAACGGCAGAGUGUGAAGUGGAGCAGGAAAUCUCCUCAAAGCAAAAAGAAACCUUUGAGUCUGCUGACCCACAUAAUAUACCCGAAGAGAGCCCAGCAGCUGAGCACAGACAGGAACCUGUGUCAGAGGGGACUCACAGCAGUGAGGGGAGCAAAGAGAGUGAAAGAGAGAGAGAAGCAGAAAUGCAGGACGGCUCCCAGAAAGCCUUUGGCCCCCCCGCCAACCCUCCCCCACCUCCCAAUGCACUACCAGAGAGCUCAGGAGAGGAGCCCAGUCUGACUGAGGGAAUGGGAGAGGAAAAUGGAGAAGAACCAUUUUUCCAGAUCACAGCUCCUGCCAAACCCCCCGCAGCACCCAGCGAGGAAGAAGAGGAGGAUGAGAUGAGCUUGAAGGGGCACCCCCCCCCUGCCCCUCUCUUUGGUGACGAUGACGAGGAUAAUGAUCUGGACUGGCUGAACUGAGAUGGUUCAGAAUAAACACCUGCCUUUUGAUUUUCAAAGCUUAAUGCAGACAAAAGGUGCUUCAGCGCUGUCUCUGAGGAGCAGUGAAGACGACAGCCUGAGUGACGGCUGCUGCCUCAGCUACAAUCUCAGCCUCUGCCUUUGUUUGAAAUAAGAAGCCUGCAAUUCACAGAAGAAUCAGAACAAAUCAUUUUCCAUAAUUAUGUGAUAUCUGUUGGUAAAGUAAUAGCACAUUUGUACAUGUUAAGUUGCAGAUUAGUGUUGUAAACCGGAAGAUAUCCUAUUGUUUUAAUUUUUAGCUUGCUGCUUUAAGAAUAAAACUUUUACACGUUU